AUCAUCGCUCCAUUAGGUUUUUCUUUUAGUGACAGAAAGAGGAAAGUCUUCUUGCAACGUCAUUGAUGUCUUGUUUGCUAGUAUAGUAUUCUCAAACUAACUGCUAUGCUCAAGUUUGAUUGAACUUUCUAUUACUGCAAUGGACAAAAGUUCUAGUUUAUCAUCGGGGACUUCUAUCUCCUCUAGUGUUCUUUCACAAGUUAAGUCACUUGGUAACAGUACAGAACGUAGUUUAGAAAGUGUAUUGCUUGCAAGCAAACAGAAGGUCACUGCUAUUGAGAGUAUGCUUAGCGGUUUGGAUUCGUCAAAUAAGCAUAAUUCAUCUGCUUUGCGAUCUUCAAGUUUGGAUCUAGGUACCAAAUAAGUUAACCUGUUAUAUAUUUUAUUUCUGCCUAACUAUUAAUGCUUGUUGCCAUUCAAUGGUUAAUGAUUUUAGUGCUGUUGUUUUAAAACUUUUUGUGAGCGGCUAAAUUUAUCUCUUAUUUCCCCUAGAGCAGGAGUUGACCCUCCCUUAUCUCGUGAUCCCCCGUUCCCUGCUUUCAGCCUCUAAUCAUCUGCAUGUGUAUCUUUAAAGCUCCUUAAUUAUGAUGUUAGUUAUGUCUGUUGCUUUGUGCUUAUUGACAGCAAAGGAAGGGCCCUGUGUCUAAGUUAGGUGUCCUAAAUAGUCGUUUACAUGUUAUAGCUGGACUCUCACAUCUUCUCAAAAUGAAGCGUCCUCAAAACAAAUUAUGGAUGGUGGGCAUGAAAACCAACAUUUGUUUGCGGCACUGUUCUGUGAUUUUAGAAUGUUGGCAUCAUCACCUUCAAGGUUUUAUUACUCACUAUUGUGCUGUCACACAGUCAUAACUUGCUUUAGGUGCAAAUAUGUUAACUUAAUUGGCCAAUUCAAUCGAUGAUCCAAGAAUGUAGACAUUGUCCAUCUAAAUCCUAAGUAAUCAAUUCAUUUUAUAGUUAUGCGAAUUAAUCCUAUAUCGAUAAUAGCUAAUGCUCAAUAUGUUUUUUUAAAAAUUGAAAUGCGCAUUGGGUAAUUCCUGCAUUCGUAACUCCAUGAUUUCCCAGUAAAAUAUUGACUGUGGUGACAUUAGUUUUCCUACAAUCAAAAUCAAUAUUGCUCUUUGUGUGUUUACUUAUUAGCAUCUACUGUAUACUUUGUAUUUCAAGAAUCUAUGUUGCCUGACUUUCAGGAAUUUCUCAAAGUGCAGCUUCCUUGGAAUGCUAUUGUAUUUCAAGAAUCUAUGUUGCCUGACUUUCAAGAAUUUCUCAAAAUGAAGCCACGCAGUCUCAUACUCCAACUAGCAAUCCUCAUUUGCCCGCUAAGCGACUUCGCUGCAAAAAAGGUGACAAAAGAUAUGGGGUAUUUUCUUGUGGCGACAACACUGGAUAAAAUUGGAGAAGGGAAAGUUAGGCAACAUACAGGGGAUGUUCUGUUCCAAGUUGUUUUCAAUGUUGUGACCUUCAAGAUUUUCAAGGUUGUCCAUAUGAAUAAGCAUGGGGUUUUCAUGAGAAUUGGUCCAAUUAAGAAUGCUUAUCCCUCAAGUAGCAAGAUGCUGGGUUACAUGUACAUUCUCGGUGAAAACCAAAUCUCCAUGAAUCAAAAAAUGCCCGAAAUUGCGAAGGAUGUCAAGGUUCGAGUUGUGGUGAUUGGCAUGAAGUGGAUGCAGGCAGAGAGGGAGUUUCAUGGCUUGGAAGGGGAUUAUCUGGGAUCAAUUUCAUCCCCUGAUAUGUAGCUACUACUAUUUCUUCUUAGGUUAGGUUUCAUUGUGAAAUCAAAACCACAUUUUGGUGUAGGAUUUCACUGUUUUGCUUUCUUAGUCCAAAUCAUGGAAACCAUUAAUCAAAUUAAUGCAUGGGGUUUAGUCUGUAAAUAAUCUAUGUUCUAUAUGCCUACUACUGUCCUGAUAUUUUAUGUGUUAUUCUAUACACUAUUAACUUAAUAUUCUUGCUUUCUUCUAUAAUG